AUGUAUUCUGAUUUAGAAUGUGAUUAUAUUAAUCCAAUUGAAUUAUGUAACAAAUUAAAUCCAUGGUUCAUCCCAGAAGCUGGUUUACAUGCUUUUAUUACUGCAUUAUUCUUGGUUAAUGGAUACUGGUUUGUCUUUUUAUUGAAUUUGCCAUUACUUGCAUUUAACGUCAACAAAUUUUUAAAUAAGAAUCACUUGUUGGAUGCGACAGAAAUUUUCAGAACUUUAUCUAAGCAUAAGAAGGAAUCAUUCAUCAAGUUAGGUUUCCACUUAUUGAUGUUCUUCUUCUUCUUAUACAGAAUGAUUAUGGCUUUAAUUGCUGAUGAUAGCUAA